GUCGGACCGUGAAAAUGCGAGAAAGCGAUCACUUUUUCUAUGUUUAUAAAAGGCUGAUUGUUAUCGGCGCCGAGACUUACUACGUAGCCGUUGAUAGAUAUCGAUCUGCCGAAAUGGACACUCGUGUUAUGUUACUGUUCGCUUGCAUCAUAGCUGCAUCAUCAGCAUGGUCCAUCCCGUACUAUCACAUGCCACAGUCUGGUCCUCUCAGGGUCACAAGAUACGCCCCUCCGCCACCACAUUAUAGAAUACCAGUCCGUCCAGCUCCACCUAAAACGGACGAGCCGCAAUGGGAGCGUCCGAAACGCCAAUACGAUCACGACCACCACGACCACGGCGACCAUAGCAGCGGGGUCACUGGCCCCGUCCACACCUUCGUCAAAACUGACAAGAACGCUAAUUAUAAAUGGGGUGUCAGACACCACGUGGGAAACAAAUUCGCGUCGUAGUGUGCAAGCGGUUAAGGAUUAUUGUUUUGUAAUUUAUUUAGCUGUCGUGUUUAAUAUUAUUGUCGCUUUAGUAUAAUUAAGUGUAAGCGUAUGGCAUUUAGUAGAUAGAUCGACGAUGGAAAGGGAAUUACUGGCUACAACUUGGAUAAGGACGGCCUGACAUAGAAAGUUGGCGUAAACGGAAGAAGCCCUAUACAAAGCUAAACAGCUAACAGCAGAG